AUGGCUCUCCAGCAGCUUUACACUCUCUCCGUGGCGCUGGUGUGGGGCUGCGUGGCAUCCUCCUCGUACCACACCACAGUUGCUCCCCCGCAAGACCUUCAGAUCACGGAUCCUGGACUCUUAGGUUCUCUCGAUAUAGAGUGGAAACCUCCACGCAAUGUACAAACCUUCAACGAAUGCACAGUAAAAUACAGGUUUGAAUACCGCAACACCGGUGACAGAGACUGGAAGGUUAUUUUUACUAGGAAGCUAAAAUUCAGAGUUGGAUUUGACCUCAGCAGGACUGCUGAAGUGAAGGUACAGACACUACUCGAAGGACGGUGUACCAAUGACGUGGAGGUGCAAAGUGACUGGAUUUAUGCUACCUUUCAGGUCCCAUGGCAAGGAAAACUGGAAUCAGAGGUUCGGAAUUUCCACUGCAUCUAUCAUGACUGGGAAUACCUCAAGUGCACUUGGCAACCAAGUCGUCUUGCUCCUCGUGGCGUACGUUAUGGACUAUAUUAUUGGUAUGAGGGGCUGGACCACGCAGUGCAGUGUGAUGACUAUAUUCAGGAUCACGGUAUAAACAUCGGCUGCAUGUUGCAAAAUCUGACCCAGGCAGAAUAUAAGGAUCUGAGCAUUUGUGUCAAUGGUUCGGCGGCAGCCACUCUGUUACGGCCAUUGUACGUCACCCUUCGCCUUCACAACCUAGCAAAGCCCUCGCCCCCGAAGCAGAUGGUGGUUUCUGUGUCUGCAUCUGAGGAGCUCCACGUGGCAUGGAGCCCGCCGGGUGGUGAAACACCGCCCCAGUGCCUGGAGUACGAGGUUCAGCUGGCAGAAGAUCAAGGGGAGGCCAAGGCUGCCUGGGCGUCUGUGUCAACCCAAAUGGAGACCGCUUUAACGAUUUCCAGAGCAAAUCAAAGCCGUAUUUCAUGUGUUCGUGUCAGGGGGAGAACAAAUAUUUUCUGUGCUGACCAGGGCUUUUGGAGUGAAUGGACGCAGGAGUGUUUCUCUGUGUCCAGAAAAGAGGACAAGCAGCUAUUUAUCCUUAUUCCAGUCAUUCUGAGUUUGUCAAGUAGCCUCAUAAUAUGUAUAUUGAUUGGCCAGUGCAAGAAAAGAUCCCCAGCAGGAAAGCCAUUGCAUGCAUCGGUGGGAUGCUAA